AUGUCAAAAUAAAACAAAGAAGAACAAUCAGCAAAACUAAAGCUAUAGGAACAUUGGCAUCAAUUAAUCAAACUAAAAUAUUAAGGCAGUAAAUAAGAUGAAACACACAAAUUUUAAUAGCCAAAGUGUAUUCUUACUAUUAUUAAAAAAAGAUUAUCUGAAACAAAGAAAUAGAAUACUUACACCAAAUUAGACUUUAUAAUAAGAUCAAAAUAUUAGUAAAGACAUAUAAAAUAUUAAGUUUAGAUUACAUUAGAUAAAUUGAAUUAUUACAAGAUGUAAACUAUCUAAUAUAAACAAUUUUGA